AUUUUAGAGACUGGCGAGUUGCAGAGACAGCUGCCAGCUGAUUUCCGAAGAAAAAUUUAAAAGUUAAAUUAUUAAAAAUAUUUUUUCAUAAGUUUUUUUGGAAAAAUUGAACUAUGACGAAAGAAAUGCAACUGCUAAAAAUAUGCAGAGGAAGCUUUUCCCAGGUUCGUUUGCUUCAUAUGUCUCCAGCUGUUAAUGCUGAAGCCAAGAAAGACUCAUCGCCACGUCUUAAGACUUUUUCCAUCUAUCGUUGGAAUCCUGACCAACCUGACCAGAAGCCUUACAUGCAAGAAUAUAAUGUCGACCUUAAACAAUGCGGCCCUAUGGUUUUAGAUGCCUUGAUUAAAAUAAAAAAUGAAAUUGACCCUACCCUUACUUUUAGAAGGUCGUGCCGUGAAGGUAUUUGCGGAUCUUGCGCCAUGAAUAUCGGUGGUGUAAAUACACUGGCAUGUAUCAGUAAAAUUGAUGCAGGUUCUGGAAAAGCAACAAAGAUUUAUCCAUUACCCCAUAUGUAUGUUGUGAAAGAUUUAGUUCCGGAUAUGAACAACUUUUACCAACAGUAUAGAUCUAUUGAGCCAUGGCUACAGAGAAAAGAUACAGCUACCACUAAAUCUGGAGAAGUUCAACAGUAUUUACAAAGUAUUGAUGACAGAGCAAAGUUGGACGGCCUCUAUGAGUGCAUUCUUUGUGCUUGCUGCUCAACAUCCUGCCCAAGUUACUGGUGGAAUGGUGAUAAAUAUUUGGGACCAGCAGUUCUUAUGCAAGCUUAUCGCUGGAUCAUCGAUUCUAGAGAUGACGCAACUGCGAAAAGACUCGAUAAAAUGCGGGAUCCGUUCUCAGCUUUUCGUUGCCACACUAUAAUGAACUGCACCAGAACAUGUCCUAAGAGUUUGAAUCCUGGACGGGCUAUUGCCGAAAUCAAGAAACUUUUAGGAGGGGUGGCUUCGAAACCGGCCCCACAGAUGAAUCCUGUAGGUCUAAAACAGUAAUUUAUUGAAUGUCCAUAAUACUGUAAAUUAUACCUUUUUAAAAUUCCUUUGUUUGUGAAAAUUAUUAAAAUAUAUUUAUUUGUUCCUUG